UUUCUCCUUGAUCAGCCGAACCAUCAAACUAGUGAAAUCCUUUUCUUCUUUUCCCAAAGCCUUGUUGGAAUUGCUAGCUAGAUGUAUCCAAACCUCUCUCAUCACAUGAAUCCAUUGGCAUGUUUGUCAUCCUUUUGCUUCCAAAUUGUUGCUCUUCUCAUGUGCAUGAUCUUGAUCACCUCUACAACAGUUGCUGGGAAUGAGAUCGACCGACUAGCCUUGCUCGAAUUCAAGGCCAAAAUAGAGCACGACCCCUCGGGAGUUUUUAACUCCUGGAAUGAUACCACACAUUUCUGCCAAUGGUAUGGUGUUACAUGUGGUAAGAGGCACCAAAGAGUGACGGCACUGAAGCUAGUGUCCUUGAAGCUCUUUGGUUCUAUAUCGCCACAUAUUGGCAACUUGAGCUUUUUAAGAGACUUGAAUCUCUACGACAACAAUUUCAAUGGUGAGAUCCCUCCACAGAUUGUUUUCUUGCGCAGAUUGGAAAGAUUAGACCUAGCCAAUAAUUCACUUGGUGGAGUAAUCCCUCCAAAUAUUUCUUCUUGUUCUAACCUUAUUCUUAUUCAAUGCAGCAACAACAAUCUGGAAGGAGUACUUCCUAUGGAGCUUAGCUCCUUGCUCAAGCUCAAUAGACUUGCUCUAUCAAACAACCGUCUAACAGGAACUAUCCCUCCAUCUUUCGGAAAUGUGUCUUCCCUUGAUGCACUCAUUCUCUAUCAAAAUAACCUGUCUGGAAGUCUUCCAUCCACACUAGGCCAAUUGAGGAACCUCACAAUAUUAGCACUCUCUCAAAAUAGUUUUUCAGGUUUGAUCCCAUCUUCAAUAUUCAAUCUUUCUUUUCUUAGAGUUUUGGACAUAGGAUCUAAUUACCAGAUCCAAGGUACUCUUCCACCCGACUUGGGCAUUUCUCUUCCAAAUUUGUACUUCUUCUCCAUCUCCAGAAACCAGUUCACUGGAACCAUUCCCAAUUCAAUAUCCAACUCCUCAAAAUUAGAAGUGCUUCAGCUAGAUGAAAAUCAGUUUACUGGGAAAGUGCCUUCCCUGGAAAAGACUCAUAGGCUUCGUUGGAUAACUGUGUUCACCAACAAUCUUGGCAGCGGAGAAGCUGAUGAUUUGAUCUUUCUCUCAUCUUUGGCCAAUACUACCACUCUAGAGGCCGUACAAAUAGGGGUCAACAACUUUGGGGGGAAGUUGCCUGAACAAAUCAGCAACUUCUCAAGAAAGCUCUGGCACUUGUCUUUUGAUCAAAAUCAAAUAGUUGGAAACAUUCCAAUGGGGAUAGAGAAUCUGAUCAACUUGAAUGCUUUCCAAGCAUCCGACAACAAACUCUCAGGCACCUUUCCUCCCAGCAUUGGAAAGCUUCAGAAUCUUAACAUGUUGUAUCUUUUUGGCAACCUCUUUUCAGGCUCUAUUCCUCCCUCUAUUGGAAACCUGACCAGCUUACUCUCACUCCGUUUGAGAGGAAAUAAUCUUCAUGGCAACAUUCCUGCCAGUCUAGCAAAAUGCCAAAAUUUGCUAGAAUUGGAUCUUUCACUUAACAAUUUCAGUGGAGCCAUACCCCCAGAAAUUAUGGAUCUUUCCACCUUAUCAAUAGUUCUUGAUUUGUCUUAUAAUCGUCUAAGCGGUUUUCUUCCCAAUCAAGUACAAAAUUUGAGGAAUUUGGGUUAUUUGGAUGUUUCCAAUAACGUGCUGUCUGGUGAGAUUCCUAGUAGCCUUGGAGAUUGUGUACUUUUGGAAGUUCUGUACAUGGAAAGCAAUUUUUUCCAAGGGAUCAUUCCUUCUUCUUUGAGUUCAUUGAAGGGUCUUCAAAGGUUAGAUAUAUCUCGCAACAAUUUUUCAGGACAGAUUCCAGAGUUUUUGGCAGGGUUCAAGUCAUUACAAGUUUUGAAUUUGUCUUAUAACAAUUUUGAGGGUAUGGUACCCAUUGAAGGAGUUUUCAAGAAUGCAACUGGAACUUUAGUUAUGGGAAAUCGCAAUCUUUGUGGUGGCAUACCUGAAUUUCAGUUACCCAGAUGCAGUUUUGAUAAGCCGAAGAAGAGAAUAAAUCUGAAAAUGAAGGUAAUAAUCUCCAUAAUAUCUCUGCUUCUAGGAAUCACAAUUGUACUCGCUUGUGUAUUUUGUUGUUGGUCAAGAAAAAUAAAAAGAGAGAGUACAUCAGAUGCAUAUGGGAAUAUGCUAUUGGAGGUGUCUUAUCAAAGUAUCCUAAAAGCUACUAAUGAAUUCUCCUCAGCAAAUUUGAUCGGCACUGGUAGCUUUGGUUCUGUGUACAAAGGAAUUCUCGAUCGACAAGGAAUCAUUGUUGCUGUUAAAGUGCUUAAUCUUAUGCGUCAAGGAGCUUCUAAGAGUUUCAUUACUGAGUGUGAAGCCUUGAGAAAUAUUAGACAUCGAAAUCUUGUCAAGGUAUUAACAGCAUGUUCAAGUAUUGAUUUUCAUGGCAAUGACUUUAAGGCUUUGAUUUAUGAGUUUAUGGUUAAUGGGAGCUUGGAGGAAUGGUUACAUCCUCCUCCAAUGUUGGAUGAAAAGCCAAAAAGUCUAAAUCUUCUCCAAAGACUAAGUAUAGCCAUUGACAUUGCUUGCGCAUUGGAAUAUCUCCACCACAAUUGCCAAAUACCAAUAGUUCAUUGUGAUCUCAAACCGAGUAAUGUUCUUCUUGAUGAUAAAAUGACAGCACGAGUAAGUGAUUUUGGAUUAGCAAAGUUCAUUUCUAAAAGCAACUUUCAAUCAUCUUUGGAUCAAACAAAAUCAAUUGGAGUAAGAGGAACUAUUGGCUAUAUUCCUCCAGAUAAAUAUACUUUUAUCAUAACUAUCUUGGACAAUUUUCAUUUUUGCAUUUUAUACAUUUUACUUGAUAUCAAAAGAUGGAAAUAGGCCUCUUUUUUUAAUGCCUCUAAAUCUUAGUUUCAAAUACUAAAAUAUAUUUGAUGUGAUUUUGAGGAAACUUACAUAUUUAUAUUGUAAUUUUAAAUUGCAGAAUAUGGUGUGGGGAGUGAAGUAUCUACAUAUGGUGAUAUAUACAGUUAUGGGGUACUUUUGUUAGAGAUAUUCACCGGAAAGAGGCCCACAGAUGAUAUUUUUGGAGAAGGUUUAAAUCUUAUUGGCUUUGUCAAGAGAGCUUUACCUAAAAGAUCAACACAAAUUGUAGAUCCUAAUCUUCUUCAAGACAAGAACAAUGGCAUUCUUAAUGAGUGCUUUAUUUCAAUAUUUGAAAUUGGAAUCUCUUGUUCUGUUGAAUUGCCUCAAGAGCGUAUGAAAAUUAGUGAUGUUGUUGCUCAGCUCAGCACUAUCAAAAUCAGACUUCUAGGAGCCGCAAGAAUAUGAUAAAACAAAGAUGUUGUAAUUUGAUUAUCAUCAAUAUAAUGUUGACUCUAUGUCUAAUUCAGCGUGAACUUUGGAGCACAGUUCAAUAAAAACUUUUUAAUCCCCUAUUA